CUUGGUCUCUCUCCUGCACCUUUUUCUUACUCGGACUGUUGGUUGCACGCCAGGUCAGGCCAGUCCUGUUCCACUACCCUACCGAGGCGCCACUGACGUUCGAGCUCCCCCUGCUGCAGCAAGCUUGUUUUGCUGCAAAGGCCCCUGCACCUUGCAAAUUGCCCAACCAGCAAAACCUCCGUUGUCCGGGUUCAUUCGACUCGGCUUCCUCACGUCUUUGUCUCGCACCAUCCUCUCCUCAGCCUCAGCCUCAGCACCCUGACACCUGCUGCACGCUGCUUGGACACGUCGUCCCUCCAUAUUGGUUUCUGGUCUCAUGCAAAAAUUUACUGACUUUGCAUCGUGGUCCUCGCUUCGAGACAUCCCCACAACGUGGCCCGGACAGGCCAGCCUGACUCGGAACCUCACUGCACUCACUGUCUCGUGAUUGUUCGGUCCCCUCCCGCCCGAUCCCCGGCCGUGGUCCGCUGCUGAUUGCAGCCUCGCUGCCAUGGAGCACGCAAAUGGCUCCCCCAACGGCUACGCCAAGACGAAGAAGGGGCUCAACGGCGUGAAUGGCCUGAAUGGCAUGAAUGGCUUCGGCUCCUCCAUCACCACCCAUGCUGCCACCCCCCAGAGGAGAUCAACACCGAAGCCGCGGCGUGGCCGUCUCUCGUGGCUCUUCAGCGCGCUUGCUCGCCUGUUUACCUGGUAUUCGAUUCUGAGCAUUCUCUUCCGGUGUCCGGCCACACUCGAGGAAUGCACCGAUGCCUCGCCCCGGAUCUGCAAGCCGUACUUCCAGCUGAAGCAUGCCGUCUCUCCCCAUGUCGAGCCUUACUACCACACAUACGCUGCCCCCUACGUCGAGCUGGCCAGGCCGUACUACGACACGGUUGACCAGAGGGUCCUGUCGCCCUCCUGGGCUUAUGCCACCAAGUAUGGAUCCCCGCGCGUCGCCCAGGCCCAAGCAUUUGGCAAGGAGAAAUGGGACAAGAGCCUGCAGCCAGAGUUGGUCAAGUACCAAGCUCUGGCCCAGGCCAAAUACGACCAGACUCUUGCUCCCCAUGUCAACCAGCUGUCCUCGGCCGUCGCGCCGUACUACGAGGUCGCAAGGACCAACGCUCUGCAGACGUACCACGACUACCUCCUGCCAAGCUACGUCUUCGUACAGCCCUACGCGCAGCAGGGAUACGCCGCCGCCUCUACAUUCACUACUGAGACAGCUGUGCCCUCCGCUGUCUGGGCUUGGAACAAGACGCUUGUUUUCCUAGAUGGCACCGUCUGGCCCCAGGUCCGCUCCCUCUACACGGAGAAUGUCGAGCCUCAGCUUCUGAAGAUCGGCCAGAGGCUCGGGCGUUACAACGGCAACAGCACCCAGAAGGCCACCGAGGCUGUCUCCAGUAGCACCGCGGCAAAGGCAGACUCGACCUUGACGAAGCCAACAUCAGCUGCAUCGUCCGCGUCAGCCACGCCCGUAUCCAGCGAGGCCACCACCUCGACAGUCGAGCAGAGUUCCCCGUCCGAUGUCGCACCGCCCAGCUCAGAGGAGCUGGCAGCCAACAGCGAGGCGGCAGCAUCAAAGACUAAGCUGGGUGGGGAGCAGAUCCCUGCUCCGGAUGUUGCCCCAAACGAAAGUGAGGUCCGCCGCAUCGCACGUGAGACUGUCGCCGAGGACCUUAAAGCGUGGCAAGAGAAAUAUGCCAAGGCCGCUGACGAGGGGGCUGCUGAGAUCGACGAUCGCAUCGAGGAGAUAGCGAAACGCAUGAUCGAAAGACAGGCCAAGACGAUGGGCAAGUCCCUGGUUGGGCAGCUGAAAGACACCGUCGACAAAGAGCUGGCAACAUUGAAGGCUGAGAUCCAGGGCAUUGUCAGCAAAGUCAAGAGCGGCUCCCAGUCUCCCGAGGCUGGCCAGGAGAAGGUCACUGCUGCCGUGCGGAAGGCUGGGCUAGAAAUCAAGGACAGGUCACAGGACAUCCGUAACUGGAGAACAAACUAUGAGACCGAGAUCGAGAUCAGCGUCACCAAAUUCGCCGAAGAUCAUUUCAAGAUCCUCGACAGCAUUCGGGACCUGGCGCUGCAAAAGAUUGGCAUGAAGUGGGCCUGGAUGGAUGGUGUCACCUACAAGGAUUGGGCCAAAUAUCAUCAGCUCAGGGAACGCUUCGACGAGUGGCAGACCGAGCUCAAGAACCUCAUCACUUCCCACCCCCAAUUGGAGUCUGCCCAGAACGAGGGGCUAGCUGUUGAAGGCCAGGCUAUGGAACUGGCCCAAUCGGCGGCCAAGGAACUUGCAAGCCUAAAGCAGGUUGCUGGUUUCAAGAUCAUUGCCCUCGAUGACUCGGACGAGUUCGACCCCGAAGUCACGCGGACAGCUGCUGAGGAAGCAGAAAAGGCGGCAGCUGCACAUGAAGUCGAAGCUGAGGCUGAAAGUCCUGCGGAAGAGCCCAUCCUUGUGGGGGACGAGACACCCGCCGGAGAUGAGGAAACGGCCACUAAGCUCCAAGAGAGCGCAUCCACUGCAGCUGAAAAAGUUGAGUCCGUAGCGAGCGGAGUUUCGGAGUCGGCGACAAGCGUUGUCCAGGAGGCAUCCGCAUCAAUCCUUCCGAUUUACGAAAGCGACGAGCCCGAGAUUGCCGAGGCCUCAAGCGCCAUCUUGGAAGAGACCCCAGUCUUCGCCGGAAAUACCACCGAGGCAACUGAAGCUGCCCAACCUGAGGACCCUGGGACUGCUCAUGUGCCCAUUGACGAAGUGGCCGAGCCUGUCGAAGCCGAGGUGUCGGCCGUUGAAGAGCCCAAGACUCCAUCAGCGACUGACACUGUCAAACCUGCCUUUUUGGGAGCUGCUGCCCAGUCGGUGCCCAGUCGUCAGCCGAUUUUGGAUGACGACAGCUUCGAGGCUGCCGGCAGUGUUAUAUCAGCGAUCCAGUCUGAUAUCCCUGCCACCAUUUCAUCAGCAGCCAGCUCAGCUUACUCUGCUGCUCUGGCUGGAGCUGCUCAACGUUAUUCCGAGGCAUUGUCACUGGCGUCCGCCCAGGUGGGCGCUACUCCCAAACCUGCUCAUGAGAAGCUUCUCAGCUCAGUGACUGCCGCCUACAGCAAUGCAGUCGCUGCUGCCAGCUCGCAGUUGGAUGCUGCCCUCGGUGCGGCUCAGCAUGGUCUCUUUGCUACUACGACCACAACUGCACUCCCCUCGAUCCCCACCUUUGUGGACUGGGCCCACGUGGAGUCAAUUGCGGCCUCCAGGCUGAACGAGGGAAGAUCCUGGGCCGAGGCGCAGUAUGAGAGCGCCAAAAUUGCCAUUGGUGCGGCAACCCCCACACCAACAGACAUCUCGGGAACUGUCUCAUCUGUAGCUUCUGUUGCCGGAGAAUCCCUGUCUGCAGUCACCGCAGCCGCGGGUGUAAAUGCUGAAAGGCUCCUGCAAAACGCGCAGUACAACUAUUAUGCCGGACUCGGAAUCGCUCAAGCUCGAUACUCCGACUUCCUGGCCGCCGCGUCGAGUGCUCUCAGCUCCAUGACCGCGACGCCCACCCCGACAGACUUAGCCGGGACCCUAUCAUCUGCUGCCUCGGUCGCUAGCGAGUCUGCCGCAUCGGUUGCUUCAGUGGCCCGCGAGAAUGCUUCAGCAGCAGCUUCUGUAGCCAGCGAGAACGCCUCGGCGGCGGCGUCUGUAAUGAGUGAGAACGUGAGCUCAGUCGUGGCCGCUGGCUACGAGAAUAUCGCUGCUGGCUACGAGAACGCUGCCUCGGCAGCCGAGGCCGCUGGCACAUUCGCCCAAGAGAAUUGGAACGCGGUCUUGGACCAGGUCAGCGUUCAGGUCUACGGAGCUGCGACCCCCACCCCCUGGUACGAGAGCCUGUACAAUGCUGCAGGCGACUAUAUUAGCUCUGCCACCGAGGCAGUCGGAGGCAGCGCGGACACCGUCACCAGUGCGGCAGGGUCUUACGCGACCGUUGCUUCAGAGGAAGCUUCAAAGCAGUAUGUAAUGGUCAGCAGCAUUGUGUCCGAACUGCUUGUUGGCAAAGAGCCAACCUUCAGCGAGAGCGUCUACUCUCGACUCGCUGCGGCUUACUCUGGAGCUGCAGACAGCGCAAGCAGCUUCGCAAGCGCGGCCUCCGAGACGGCUGCGAGCAUAGCUACAGAGGUAACUGAGGAAGUGAAGCAGGCAACAGAGUAUGUGAAGGACGAGUUGUAGAUGUAGCGAACGAUGUCACCAGGUCAUUGAUGCAACAACACUGAUGCCGCGAACCACAUCACAAGGAAGGCCCCAGACCAGGCACGUUGGCACGUUGGCACAAAAAUGACGAUACGAUAGUAAUGAUGGGGACAAUCGGAUCAAGGGACAGCCAGUCCACACUGCAGGCGGCGAUUACACACUGGCAGAUGGAAACAACUGGUAAGGGGGAAAGAGAAUAUUCAUGCGGGCUCAAGGAGACACUGUCACUUGCGCCAGAAGGGCAAGCUGUGCGCACAGCAGACUCUCGUUUGAUUGUACCCGAUAUUCGUCACGACACGUCCCAAGAUGAACAAGCUCAUGCUUGCUGGCCCGAGAUAUCUGCCUGUCUUGGAGGCUGCUAGCAUGCUGCUCUCUCCUUUGUUUCAGUCUUGCGAGCAACGCUAUCGAUGAUUUCAAUGGGCAGCUUUGUAUAUGUAAACGCUUGGGAUACCGUUUUGAGUUAGGAGUUCAGAGAGAAAUUGAUUCAGUAGGGUUUCGAUGGGAGAUGAUAUCCUGAGGCCUGCGGGUCGGACUUGCGGGGAAGGAAGCGUUUUGCGUAUCACCGGGUGCUGAGCAAUUCGUUACCAACACUUAUCUUUGCCAGUGGUACGAUUUACAACGGACUUUGUGGAAUACUCAUAUUGUUGCAGCGUGAGGUGCUUGAUAGCCAAGCACGCCAUCACGGGACUCGUUGACGACACAAGCUGGGGAAUCUACACUCUACCCUUCAAA